UAUUUUGACUCGCCGUAACAAAUCUGAUCAAAGAUAUCUUGUGUCCAUACAAGGUUUUUAUAAUUGAUUAAUUGCACGGUUCUCUGCCCCCGGGAGCCUUUUGAAUCCUUUAUUCGCCGUCACUCAUCACUCACAAUAAAACACUAGCCCAUUGGUUCACCGCCCCGUUGAGCUAUUGUAUUGCUAAUUAUGAUAAAUCCUUUGUCAAAACUUUAUGAUACUUCAAGAGCACUUUCGCGAGUUUCUUUGCCCUGCUUUUUAAAGUUGUUUCUCUGGCCGAUUAAGAUUCACGCGAGUCAAACAAAUACUCUAUUCCACAUCACUUAUUUGAUGUUGUCAUGGCAUCGAUUAACCUGUUGACAAAAGCAUUUGUCGCGCGCUCUGAUUGGCUAGCGAUGACCUUUGUUUCAGCCGAUUGUUCCUGUCGGCCGUGAGAACGUUUCAUGUCAGUUUAGUCAUUACAAAUGCCCAUCUGAGUUUAUCGAAGCAUUGUGAUUGUGGAUCUUCGUGAUCAUGUGAAAAACUUCUUCUGAUCGCGAUAAAUAUUACCAUUGUGGCCACGAACUUAGAGAGCUUAUUGUUACGAGUGAGAUUUGAUACCACUGUGGUUCAUAUGCGGGCUUGUGUCCUAGGAUCUGAGGAGGCAUGAUUUUGGUUAUCGCGUGGUUCUGUUGUAUCUUCACUCUUGCCGCAAGCCCAGGUUCGGCGCAGAGUCCUACUCCGGGCCCGAUAAUAAUCGACGUGAAGUCUGGCAGCGAUGUGAUUUUGUCGUGCGAUACGGGCGGAAACUCGUUUGAUUUGAUCAACUGGAGCUUAAACAAUUCUAAAAGCCCCUUUUUCAUUAAGUUUAUGAAUUUUAAGCCAUAUGUGGCGGCAAAAUACGCUCGCCGCUUGCACAUGGUGAACUCUAGCGCCAUUUUGGUCUCGAGUGUGACUGGGCAAGAUGCGGGGAGGUAUCGGUGUAAGACUAUGGCUACUUCCACGGGUGAUACUGCCGGCCUCUUUAAACUGGGCACACCAAUAGAACUGCGUAUUCAAGGUUCAACUAGCUCCGUACCAUCGCAGAGCAAGAAAGUAACUGAGGGCAAACUAACCGUCCUCGACUGCCAAACCGACACUAGUCUCCCCUCUUCCAAUGUACUCUUCACGUGGACAAAGGAUGGACGUGACGUCACGUCUAGUCAAAAUCCCCGGAUCUCGGUUUUAGUCUCCGGCUCGCUGUUUAUUCGAGGCAUAAUGCGGUCGGAUUCUGGAGUGUAUCGCUGUACAGCUAAGACGUUUGAUCAGACAGGAUCGGGUAUUGUCAAUUACCCUGGAUCGGAUAUUUUCCUUGACGUUCAAUUUCCUCCAAGUAUCAUCGUCAUCAGUAGCGUCGUUACUGUCGGAGAAAACACAGACGCUCGACUACCAUGCGUGUCGGAAGGGAACCCAGCUACCGAAGUCACGAAGUGGACCCGAGUAGGCGGCGAACUUGGCCCGCCGGAUAAAUUCGUUGUGCUCGAGAGGGGUUCGCUUCUGAUUCGAAAAGUGAAAAGGUCGGACAUGGGAACGUAUGUCUGUACUCCUUCUAAUUAUAUCGGUGCCGGAAAACCUGGAACUACAAAUCUGGUCGUGCAAGUUGUUCCGACGUUCACCGAAGUCCCAUCCAGCGUAGUUUCCGUACGCGUCGGCGAGGAAAUUCGGUUCAAGUGCUCGGCGGUUUCCGAGACCGUUCCGAGCGUCAGCUGGCGGCGCGUCGGAAAGGCUUUCUCGAACCGAACCCAGACGAGUAAGGGCUUGUUGACCAUAUUAGGCGUGCAGACCGUAGACCACGGAGAAUACGAAUGCGUCGCCGAGACAGAUAAAGGAAAAGCCGUCCACACAACGACUUUAAACGUCAUAUCCGUUCCUUCGAGGCCUACCAUCACAGCAGUCAGCAUCGAAUACACAACAGCAAGAAUCGUAUGGACAGCAGGAUACGACGGAGGAUUCGCCCAGCGAUUCCGUGUCUGGUACCGCAGGUCCAAAGACUCAGAUAGCCAGUGGAAAAAAACGCCUCAGCUGCCCUUGGGAACCCUGUCUCACGAGAUACCGGGACUCGUAGAAAACACUGAGUACUACUUUGCAGUGCGAGCUAUUAAUAAGGAAGGGCCUGGGGAUUUCAGUCAGAUUAUGUCGCAGAAGGGAAGCGGUUCUCCGACCGUAAUAACAAACAAGCCUCAAGAACCACUCCCUCCCACUGACGUCAUUGUCAACAUCACGUCAGACGGCUACGUGUUGUCAUGGAAACAUGACCCUGUCCCUGGACGACCAUCGGUCAAGGCGUUUGUUGUACAAUACCGCCAGCAGAAUGCGUCGUCCGAGUGGAUCGAAGCGGAUGGCAGCAUUCCUAGCGACACCAGAACCUACACGCUGAAAGCAAAGCACUUGAGCCCAAAUACGGACUACGAGUUUCGAAUCUUUGCUUACGGGAACACUAGAAGUCGACCUGCGUAUGUCUCAAAUACUUAUCAUAUCGCUGCACCGGUCGUUGCCAAGCGCAUGACAAAUGAUGACGUCAUACCCAUUGUUGCGGGUGUCCUGGGCGCCUUGGCGUUCUUGGUUCUGCUUGGUCUCGUCUGUUUCUGUUGUCUUCAAUGCCACGCCAAGAAAAAAGGAACAGAAAAUAGCAAGUCCAAAAAGGUCCAUUUUGUUCUUCCGGAUGGCUCGACUCACGCAUACGAAGGAGAAUCGGAAGACGACUUCUGUGACUCCGAGAUCAAACUAAUGCCCGAAGCCGUUCGAUUCACUCCCGACAUUACUACGGAAGAGAAGCGAUCAAAGCGCUCGCCUAUUACAAAAGAGGAUUCCAUGCUUCUCUUGACUAACGUUCCGUAUGAUGAACCAUUCGGUGGUCAAAUGCUUCGACACAAAGAUCUAAUACAGGAAAGCCCCUAUCAGUCACCUGUCCACUCUCCGAAGGACAAGGUUCUUUUCUUCGGAGAGCCGUCGGGCUGGUACGACUGUACCCUAUCCCGGCCUGCAUCUCGGGAGGUGCGAGACUCUUACGACCAGUUUUGCCAAUCGCCUGCCGAUGCUGGAUCGCGUGACUCACUGGACCGCGCGUCACGCAAGCGUGCACUAUACGAACACAAAGGAUCUAAGAUUCACCUAGUGAAGAAAUUCGAUUCGAAUUCGAGUCUCCAGUUUGAAAAACCGCCAGCCAGGGAAUCGCGUUUUAGUGCGAUCGCCGAAGAGGUGGACUUAACAGAUGUGUCUUUGAUAGGAUCCCACAAACGUCCCCAUCACCAUUGGUCAACGCCCGAAGUAUUCCGCGGGUCAAGGGUCGAUGACUCAAAUAACAACAAAGAGAGUCAUAAUUCGGACUCGGAAUCGCUCGACUCAUUCUCACGCAGACGAAGGCGGCGGGCGAGACCUGAGUCCUACCACGAAGGCGCGGUGUCUCAGCAGCCAGAGCUUGUACCAAUUAGCGAACAGGACUCGAAUCCAAGCUUCAAGUGUUUGUGUGAAGAUAGCACGGAUGAGAAGGAUGCGGCUAAAGAGGACAAUAGGAGUUCGUAUCUACACUUAGAGCGAAACGACUCGCAAAAAUCUUCGUUUGUGGAUCAGCUGAAGGGAUGGGAGGAGGAAGCCAUAGGGCAGCCUUAUCAACGACACGAAAGGACUAAAGCCGGUUACUGUAACGUUAGCGAUUCAGAUAACAGCGUCUCGCCGGCACAUUCUCUCGUUUCUUUGUCGGACUCCGACGUAGACGCUGAGAUUGCGCGGAAACUUCACGAAGGUGGCGAAUCAAGGCCGCUAUCUUAUUCUGGGGAACCCGAUAAGUCUCACUUGUAUCGAGCGGUGUCUUACCUGAAGUCUGUUGACACAGGUUCAGCGUCGGACACAAGCGAGAUGGACGAUAAAAAUGUGAACACUCUCGAUCGUGAUCGACGUCAAAGUAGACUAUCAGCUCAACACAAUAAAGACAAGGAACAAGAAGCAGUUACAACCCUAAAGGAUAUUAAAUGUACGGAUUCUCUUGAUCAACUUAAAGUCUGUGAUCCGUUUUACCGCGCUGGUAGCAGGCCCGCAAGGACACCCUCUAACGCGUCCAGCGGUGUGUUCUCGGUCCAGGUCUCCUCCAGUGAGACGAACAGCAUCGAGUCGUCUCCUCACCAGUCACGCAGACGGUCUGCGCGAUCGAGCGGCACGUCUUCCAGCGGGUUUGACACCGCCUCUUCACGAGGCAGCUACAGUAGUGAAGGCUUUAGGACCAUCGAUCCUGCCAGGGCGCAUGCUCUCAGGAACACCACCGCUGGUCGAUUCCCACACUUGGAGGAACCUUACGAGUGGGAUCGCGAAGGGACUGGGAGUGAAUUUGAGAGCGGAAGUGACACUGGCGGUUUUUCCUUUAAGCCGAAUAUGAUCGCUAACAUGCGACAUCUUCUGGACUUGCAACGGCGCCUCGGGAUAGACCUCGACAGCGCCAGCUCGAGCGAGUCGCUCCCGGACAAAGAAAAAUACGAAAAAAUGGCGGCCACGGACGCUCUGGAGUUUUCUCCUAGUUUAUCGCCAACUAAGUACCAUGUUGAUCGGUACAGUCUCGAGGAAAAGGACAAGCGAUGUUCCAAGCUUAUGGAGGAGUAUAAGGCGAAUAGGAGAGUAGAGGACGAGAAACUUAACGGUAGCAUUAUCUACCAAUCGUGGGAUCUGUAACAAGAGUCCACAGUAACAGAUAAGUAGCUCGUAAAUAGUUCUUGUUACCACUGUUCAUUAGCGCUUAAAGAAAUUACUAGCAGGCCAUUUAUAGUGCGACGCACGCUACCGUGGCCACUAAUGCAAAGUGUUAUAGUUACCAAGGAAGGUAGCCAAUUAGCGUCCGAGAAUCCAAUUUUAAUUGACACGAACUCCAUAAGUAGGAGCAAUCCUUCCUGCACUCAAGUGUGUCUUUCACUCUCUUAUUGGCUAAAGUUUAUGUUAGUUUUUUUCUCGGGUCCUUAUUGGUUUUAACGGUUUACCUCACCAAACUGUCAACUGCCACGGUAGCGCGCGUCGCAUUGUUAUAGCUUAGGAUGGCUUAUUUAGUAAAGAUCGUAGGUCUAUGUUGUUGCGUUGAUAAGGUUAAAGUUAAGCUACGCUCGCAGUAACACAUGAGUGUUAAUAGGACUUUGCUUUUGACGAUUUGUUGAUAUUUAUGGUCUAUUUCUAUAGGUCUAUUUAAACCAUUAAGUCGUUGCAUUGAAUUUUGUUUUAUUGUUCAAAGCACCUUUUUUAUUCCAACACAAGUACGUUAUUGCCACUAAGGUUUGACGACAUUGAAGUUUUGUUUUGAAAGCACGUUUUGAUCUGCAAAGAUUAACAGUAAAUUUUUUUUAGUGCUUCAGCACUUGCGCGGUUAUAGUUUAACCGCUGUCCCCAGGCAGUCAUGAUCGCAGGCUCGACAUGUUCAGGCCAGGUACUUUUCAGAUUUUUUUAGUCAAAGUAUGAUUUUUGCUGAUGGUUUUGAAGUAAAUGCUAGACGUUUCGCAAAUGCAACUAGGCAAAUAACAUAAUUGAAAUUGAUUGUAGAAAAAAUAGAUUGAAUAUGUACAUAGUAGAGAAAAGCAUCUUUAAUUUUAUAUUCCAUUGUAAAGUUCCAUGUAAGCUAACAAAUUCCAGGUAGCUCGUGAAAUUAUUGAUAACUUGAAUCGCAGUUAUCGAAACUUUGAGGUUUAAGUCAUGAUUGCGCCAGUUUGCCAUUUCUCUUAGUACGUCUCCCGCUCGAUAUAAUGUGUACCAGUCUGUAAAAAAAUGUCUAAAUGAUCGGUAUUACGAAUUCAAGGUUCGUGUUCUAGUGGUCACUUUGGUAUAAGUUAAAGGGGUUGUUUCAUUAGCUGCGUGCAUUUUUUGCGCAUGGUAUUUUGUGUUUCCGGUGGGCCAUACUAAUGGGACAACUUUGUGAUUUUAUUCCAAUAUAAUAUAUCACACGAAUGACCAUUAGAACCGAGGAAAAUUUAGGUUUGAUACCUGAUGCUCGUCAUCCUCAUGGAUGAAUGUUAACCGUGGCCCACGGGAAACUCGAAAUACGGCACCUUUAAGCUUAUAUGAUUACCAGUGCUUGUCGAUAAGGCUCCCAUAUUUUUACUUGAAUUUGCUAAGGUUAAAGAGCUUGUUAAAAAGAUUUUUAUACGCAAUUUGGCUGACAAUUUGUUGCAUAUCACUAUAGAUUUUGUAUUCGUAUUUUGCUUACUAACCUUGCACUCUAAGUAAUCACAAAUCCCUUUUUUAUGCGAUAGCUUGACUUAUUUCAGCCGUUGAAGGUCCUGAUUUUGUAAUGACACGUUACGUUCAUGAUCAGAGUCUAGAACAGCUUACCAUGUUGAUCUAGCAUCUAAAUUUAUAUUAAGUGCGCCAUACAUUGUAUAUUUUUUUAUGAUUUUCUCACCAAUAAUUAAUAAUCCUUGACCAUUUUUAUUUUAACAUAUGGGAAUGUAGACGGAAUUGAUUGAUUGUAAUGAUGUUGAAAUAAAAUCAAUGACUAACUUUG